CACCCAUGCAGACGUCAAAGUGCUUGACGGAUCAUCCUGAGUGAUAUGCAAGUCAGUUGGAAACAUGCGCUACGGAGUGUCUGUGCUUUUUGCAGAGCGAGUGAUUCACGAAUUAUUGUUGAAUAUGAUAUAGAUACGAAUAAGCGUGACCCUGUGUUUUUUAUCCGCCGCAAGUAACACCUGCGAUGAUUUUCUCAAAGUAAUUGUGGAUAAUUGAUUUAUUUGUCGAUUAAAAGAGAACCAAAUGUAGAAGGAUAAAAAUGAAUACUUCAUAUUUGUUCGGAAGAGAUCAACAGUGGGGGCCCCGAUACUAUUUCUCAUACUACAGUGAAUUUGGAGAGCGCGGAGAUGUCAGCAAAUUUGAAGUCACCGUACUGUCCCUCAUAUUCAUCACAGCGAUUGGCACAAAUGUAGGCAUAAUAGUAUGCAUUAUCCACUAUAAGGAAAUGCAAACGCCGACAAAUCGUUGUCUGGUUAAUUUAGCUGUUGCCGAUCUAUUAUUUGCCGUUGGCAUUCCGGCUGUUGCAUACACCAGACUCACCCAGUCAUGGAGUUUAGGAGAAACAAUGUGUAAAUUUCUCCCCUAUUCGCAGCUCGUCUGUGGAUUCGUAUUACUGUGGACCUUAACAUUGAUAUCAAUAGACAGAUACAGAUGUUUGGCAGUCUCACCGUACAGAAGUGUACUAUCAAAAUCCCGGGUUUAUGUGGCUAGCGCUAUAACUUGGGCAACGGGAGUUACGUUAUUUCUUCCAGUGGCUCUUUGGUUCACAACUCUAGAAUCAAUCGACAAAAAAACAAUAUGCACCCUGAUAUUCCCAAUCAGCCAAGUCGUAGACAUGUCCCUCUGUUUCAUCAUUCCAACUGUAAUAGUAGCCUGUUUCCUACCAAUGUGUCUCCUAGUCUACCAUUAUCACAAAAUUUUCCAGAGGAUAAUUGACGCAAGAAGCAGAUGGGCGGUGCCAUGUGUCUCCCAGACAACCGAGGCCCCCGGCACCCGACGAGAUUCUGAAUUAUCGGUAAUUGGAAGUUUGGGUCUAGUAGCUUGGGCAGGAAGAAAAUAUUCCGGUACAUCAAUUACGGGUCGUCAAGGACGGACCGGAAGUCUCUCACAGAGUGAAGAAAUUCGAUUGCACAGACAUCUAAAAGUUGUCAGAAUUCUCCUCCUCAAUGUGAUUGUUGUCCUGGCGAUGUGGCUACCAAUUACAAUCAUAAUGCUACUAAUUUACGUGGAUGGACAUAGACCAACAGAGGACACUGAUUUCUUUCUGAAAUCCCAUCACUUCAUCUGGGCGCUCAUUAUUGCGCAACUCAAUACUGUUGUCAAUCCACUGCUGUACGGCGCAUUUUCCGAGAAUUUUCGAGCAUGCUUCGCCAAAUUGUGGCACAGAAGACCGAGGAUAUACACGUGUACGAGUCCCCUGCCAAUCAACAGUGGAAGAGUCUCAUGAACAUGACAAAAUUACUGGGAAAGCGCAUGUCUGUCACCAGAACUUUAACGAAUCCGAAGAGAAUUUUUUCUCAUUAAGAUGAAAAAAAAAAGAAUUGAAAAUUGAAAAUUUCAAGACGGUUCUGUAUAUAAAUCCAUUUAUAUAAUCAAAGUAACGUAUAAACUGAAAGAAUCUGUUGCAAAACCUCGUACAAAAACCCAACAAACAUCAGUCCCACAUCUCCUUUUUAAUACUCUUCUUAAUAUACCUCAACUUCACAACAACAAUAUUCUUCGUCUCAAUCAAACUCUUCAAAGUACUAAGUUUAGCAGUCAGCAAGUUCUCCAUGUCCGUAGCCGCCCUACAAGAGCCCUCGCCCCCCAGAACUUUACUAGAAUCCACACCAUAAUUAUUCAAAAUGCACUACAAUUGAGUUUCACACUGCGUCGCCAUCAGGUCAAUCCUCACAUCGAACUUCUGCAUUUCCCCCAGAUUCCUAAUCUCCAGAAAAACUUUGAGAGUCGUCACAUAACAUUAACAAAUACUUGAGAUAGUCCCUCUAGUCCAAUCUCCAGAUGGUUCCUCCCCCCCAUCACCAAGAGUCCCAUGAACGUAACAAAAUCAUCGAGAAAUUCAAGACAUUUCUGUUUAUAAAUCCAUUUUUAUAACGUAUGAACUGAAC